AACGUUACCUCUUCCUGGUUGAUGUGGACACAGGGAAGAACUGCUGGGUGAGGUCUGCUGUUGUAGCUGUGUAAAUAAUGAAGAAAAACCUGCGAAGUUGAGUGAGAAAAGCCAUGGAAUUUAUCAAGUUAGUGAGGUUUUAAAACUCCCUUUUAUUCCGGACCAGCAGACAGUCUUUCCGGAGCUUCUCUUGUCCCGCUUCCCUUCCAUACCUCCAGUGUUGCGGUACAUUUCCCAUUAGCUCACUAUGGGUUGUUAGCUGCUAACCAAAGUCGCUAACGCUACGUGCCAGUGCUGUGCACCUGUCACUAGCUUCUUUGUCUCACUCAUGUCGGUGGCUUCAUUACCUAUUGUCUGUUAGUUUGCCGAACUUUUUAACAUAAACGUUAGCCACUUUUGUCUGCUCACUUGAACCAAAUGUUGAAGGCGUCACUGUCCGAAAACAGUCUGCACUGCCAAAGCUAGACAAAGAAGAUGAAGUGACGAUAACUCCCUCCGUCCAGCAAUGUACGAUAUGACGAUCUGUCUGCGUCCCACUGGAUAUUUAUGAACACAAAUAGUCAGCUAGUCCCCGAAAAGAUACAAAAAUGGCGUCCUCCAAAGUAAAGGUCGGAGUCAACAGUGAGACCAACUCCCUGAAAGAAAGUAAAAGCAACGCCAGCAGUUCAGCUGGAGAGGCUUCAUCCAAUAACAGGAUAUAUUGCCUUGAUGACCUGGAGACCAUUGCUACAGUUGGCACAGGGACUUUUGGCCGUGUCUUCCUCGUCAAGGACAAAAAGAGCAGGGCCUUCCACGCCCUGAAGCAGAUGAAGAUCCCCGAUGUGAUCCGACUGAAGCAGGAGCAGCACGUCCACAACGAGAAGGAGGUGCUGACAGAGGUCAACCACCCCUUCCUCAUCCGACUGUUUUGGACCCACCACGAUGAGCGCUUCCUCUACAUGCUCAUGGACUACGUGCCGGGCGGCGAGCUGUUCAGCUACCUACGCAGCCGCGGGCGCUUCAGCAAUGCUACUGGCCUCUUCUAUACCUCUGAGAUCGUAUGUGCCAUCGAGUACCUCCACUCCAAAGAAAUUGUCUACCGCGACCUGAAACCUGAGAACAUCCUGCUAGACAGCGAAGGACACAUUCGCCUCACCGACUUCGGCUUCGCCAAGAAGCUCUCUGACAGGACCUGGACUCUGUGUGGCACUCCUGAGUACCUGGCCCCCGAAGUCAUCCAAAGCAAAGGUCACGGCCGAGCGGUGGACUGGUGGGCUCUGGGGAUCCUCAUCUUUGAAAUGCUGGCUGGGUACCCGCCAUUCUUUGAUGACAAUCCGUUCGGAAUUUAUCAGAAGAUCCUAGCCGGAAAACUGGAAUUCCCACGCCAUCUGGAUUUUUAUGUCAAAGACCUCAUCAAGAAAUUUCUGGUCAUUGACCGAGCCAGACGGCUAGGCAACAUGAAGAAUGGAGCAGAAGAUGUAAAGAAACAAAGGUGGUUCAAGACAAUAGACUGGGAGGCAGUUCCUCUGAGGAAACUGAAGCCUCCCAUUGUUCCUAAAGUUUCCCACGAGGGUGACACCUCUAACUUUGAUGUUUACCCAGAGGACGACUGGAAGAAAGACCCUCCCGUGCCUCAGAAGGACUUAGAGAUCUUCAAAAACUUCUGAUCACUCAGCCUGGUUAAUUUAUUGCUGCAAUAUCCCAAGAAUUGACACAACAUAUUGUAAAGUUACCAUUACAGGUACCGUCAUGGAGAGGAUCCUUAUUUAUCAAAGCGGGGGGAGUUAUGUAAUAAUGGCCUCCCCCGGAGACAAACUCCAAAUGAUUGAUACUGUGACGUGUGUCAUACAACAGAGAUGAUUUGCUUUUUAUAUUUUUAUUUAUAUGACUUGAGUCAAAUCUUUUGCUGUUUUUAAUUUUUUUUUAUCACAUUUUUUUCUCUGAGCCUGCUCAUAUGCAAAAAAAAAAAAAAUCUGGUUCCAUUGAAACCAAAAGACUGUUACUUUCUAGGUUUAAAAAAGAGAAUAUUCAGGUCUUUUUUUGAUAUUAUCAUGUUUCAUUUUGUAUCUCUUUUUAAAAUGUUCAUGCAGUCAUAUUUAUCGUGACUCCAGACUGGUGCUGUAGCUGUCAGCGGGCCAGUAGCUAUUAAUGUGCGGUUUUAGACUCCUUAUACUGUAUCUAGUCAUGAAUCAGCCACUUUAUUUGAAAAUGCGUGACCCGUAGCACUUGUAAAAGGUGCCUUACAUCAUAGUUUGAUGGGCAUGAUGUCUCGCAGUUACAUAAAGUUCACUUGAAAUAGUGCUUUUCUCAGCCUUCAACGCUAAUAGAAGUUGAAUCAUGGGACUGUUGGUACAUGUGAGGUGCUGUUGUAGAGAGCAGGCUGCCGAGUGUGCUGCCACGUCUCCUACUGUAACGUUUUCUUCCCCGAGCUCUGUCAUUUCCUGUUGCAGCAGCUUUAUUUGCAGCCAAAGGACUUUGUUAUUACCGUACAGUCACAGCUGUUCUACAAAUGAACUACAGACUCUCCCAUGACACUUUGUGCUCAUUCACUUCCCUCAUCAUCAUCAUCAUUAUCAUUGUUGUCGUGCUUUUAAAAGCCGGGUCAUGUGAGGUGAAUGGCGGAUGUGAGGUCAAUAUUUAAACGUGCUACCAGGAGUGUUUAACUGGUUAUCAAACAGUAGCAACUUUAAAGGUCCAGUGUGUAACAUUAAGGAGGCUCUGUUGGCAGAAAUGGAAUAGUAUAUUCAUUAGUGUAUAAUCACCUGAAUAUAGUAAUUAGUUUAUAUCUACAGACACUGUGGGUAGCCAUCGAUGGAGGCUGCCAUGUUGAACUACAAUGUUUCUCCUGUAGCCUAAAUGGACAAACCAAACACUGGCUGUAGAUAGGGCCUUUCGGUAGCUUCAUGGCCACCGUAGUUUCUCCUACAGACUUCACAACCUGUUCCCUUUCCGAGGUCGUCAAAUACAGAAACCAGCAGUUUUGAGUUAGUUGCAACUUCACUGCUAGAUGCCACUAAAUCCUACACACUGGUCCUUUAACUUCUCACUCUAUAGAGCUGCAUUACAGUUGACCGACAGUAUUCAUCAGCAUUUCAUGUUAUUGUGUAGUAGAGGCUUUGUUUGGUGUUUUGGGACAGUAUAGACCUUUGAAAUAAACUUCAUAUCUUUUUUUUUUUUUUUGCUGCCAUUAAAAUCCACGUGAUCAUGUCAUUUUUGUUACUAAUCCUUCUUUAUAGAACGAACUGUCUGCACUGUAGAUUGACAGUGAAUAGUGUGAAACAUACGGACAGAAUUGUCAUUCUUGUACAUUCUCUCAUUGGGCUAUGUUCUAAUAAGUGAAAAGAUAAAUAGAUUAGAAAUAGUAGAGGAAUAGAUUCAAAGAUUUGCCAUUUUCUGGAACCCCAUCAAGGACCCCAGGUUGGGAACCACUGUGUUAGUAAUGAAAUAAAAUGCCGUUACAGCAA